AUGGGCAAGCAAUAUGCACUUACCAAGGGUGGAGGCUUCUGGGCCUGGGAACGUGUUUAUCAUGGCAUCGGCGCAGCGUCACAGUCCUACGCGGCAUGUGUGAGGAGGAACAAUUUGGACCGGCACAGUAUAAAGGAUGUCGAUGGCAACUCAAUGGCGUUUUCUCAAGCCCACUUACAGGUCAAGACGAUGCAAUUCAAACAAUCUAUUCACCGCCUCCUCGUCCUCGCGAUUGCGUCGACUGUAAUCCUCUUUGCCGAUGCGCUCCCAAUUGACUCGGCUAUCGAGGAGAGGCAAUUCCCACCUCUCCCAAUCAGUCUCCCAGCCCUCUCCCUCCCUCUCGACCUACCGCUCCCCACAGGGCUGAUCCCGGCACUCCCUGCACUUGCCCUCCCUGCCCUUCCGGCACUCCCGGCACUCCCUGCCCUUCCGGCACUCCCGGCACUCCCUGCCCUUCCAGCACUCCCAGCACUCCCGGCGCUGCCUGCACUCCCCGCUCUCCCUAUUUGA